AUGGCCAAUUUAACCAUCCUUGUGCCCGAGGGAACAAUUUCUUGGCAACUCCUCCGUGAAAAUUUCACCUCCUCUUCGUCCACUGCCAUCGCGGGAAAACUGAGCACGUUUAUCAAGUAUUGGAGGAUCGCAAACGUUGUCCUUUAUGUAGUUAUCUUUGUUACCAGUGCGGUAGGAAAUGGUUUGGUGUGUUUUAUAAUUAUAAGAAGGAGAAGAAUGAAGUCGGUCGUUAACUAUUUGAUUCUAAAUCUGGCAAUCGCUGACCUUAUUUUUACCUGCGUUUGUAUACCACUCGAUAUACCAGUGCAACAAAUGAACUAUGUUUGGCCUUACGGUGGUUUCAUGUGUAAGGUUAUCUACCCAUUACAAACCCAAAUUCUGUUUGCUUCAGUUUACACCCUCUUUGCACUAAGCCUGACGAGAUAUCGGGCAGUGGUGCAUCCGCUAAAACAACAGCUGACCACUGAUAAAGUCAAGUGGGUGAUCAUGGCCAUCUGGGUGGUAUCGUUUCUCCCUGUGUCGCCAUAUAUGGCAACGCUACGAUUUAAUAGCUCAACUCUGACUUGUGAGGAAUAUUGGAAAGACGUACGUUCAAGAAGAACUUACACCAUCUGCCUUUUCCUUUUUCAAUAUGUAGUACCACUGACAGUAAUCUCAUGCGCUCAUUUAGCUAUUGCUCAAGACCUCAACAGACAAAAGACACGAGAGAUAACUAUCAUACGUAGAAUUCGUAUUCAGGAAGGCCGUAAGGUUUCACGAAUGCUCAUUAUAGUGACGCUGUUAUUUGCCGUUUGCGUCCUACCAAAUAACAUUUUAUGGUUGUGGUUGGACUUCGGAGAAGCGGACAAACACUUUGCUUAUUUUUCAGAGCUUUUGUCAUUUGGCAACAUUGUCGUGUUCUUAAACAGUGCUCUGAAUCCUGUCUGCUAUACGAUGAUGAACGAUACUUAUACAAAACAAUUAAGGGACAUAAUACAUUCAUGUCUAAAGCCGACAAGUCAAGAAGAAGUUGAACAGUCCUUAGACUAA